CUUAUUAAAACGCACGAACUCUAAGAAAUGGCAAGGCUGCUGUAAGUAGUCCAUAAAAAUGAGAGAGAAAAUAGUGACAGAUACAGAUUUUGUGCGGAGAAUCGGCCAGUUUAUUCACUGUGACUACUACAGCUACUUCGAGUACUGGGGAAAAGGAACUCAAGUGACCGUAACAUCAGCUGUGCAAAGCGCCCCGAAAUCCCUGUUUCCCGUGUGGCAGUGCGGCUCGGCCUCGGACGGUUUAGUCACUCUUGGCUGCGUCACGCGCGAUUUGGCCUCCGCCGACGGACUGAGCUUCAUAUGGAAGGAUGCGAGCGGGAGCGCGCUGACUGACGUCGUGCAAUACCCGGCGGUGCAAGCGACCGGAGGGUACACCUCGGUGAGCCAUGUGCGCGUCAAGGCUUCUGACUGGAACGGGAACAAGAAGUUCACGUGCGAAGUCAAAAAUGGCCUAGGAUCUAAAGACGCGUCCUUGCAAAAGCCAGCUCAGCGUGUGACUGAGCCCAACAUCACCAUGAGCACCAAUACAAUGGACAACAACGUUAAUCUGCUUUGUUGGUUGGAUGGUUUUUCUCCGAAAAAAAUAAGUGUUGAGUGGUACAAGGGUAAUACGUUGCACACAAAGAAGACAACCAUGAAGAUAUUCGAAAGUCUCAACAAUGGAGAAAAGACGUUUGGUGCACUGAGCCAACUCAGCAUUAAUGCAGAGCAAUGGAAUGAAGGCACAGAGUUCACCUGUAAAGCCACACACAUCUCCAAGAUCUUCAGUCAAACAUGGAGCAAGUGCAAAGCUGAACCAACAUCCAAACCACUGAUACGUCUGGAGAAACCUGGUCUCAUGUCAGUAUUGACAGAUUCAGAAGUAACAGCUUCCUGUGUUGUUGAAACUGUGCACAAUACCAAAGUGUCAUGGUUUGUAGAUGGAAAGGAAAAAACAGACAGAGUCACCUUGAAGACACUGGACGGGAGAACUGUUAGCAACCUGACUAUCUCGACAAACGAUUGGAAAAACUGGCAGACAAUAAAAUGCACCGCUGCACAUCUAUGUUUUGGCACAGUAGAGAAGACAAUUAAUAUUCUAGAACCUGUGCAGAAAACUCCUACAGUGGUGAUCAGGAGGAAUCUGGCAGACAUACUGAAGGGAGACAGUGCAGUACUGGAGUGUGCUGCAAGAGAUCUGCCCUCUGGUGAGCUCUCGGUCAUCUUACAGGCCAAUGGAAUAAGGGUCUUUGAACCUCAGUAUGUGGAUCUGCCCAAAGGAGUGGACACUCUGACUGCACGCUUCACUGUUUCCACAACACAGAGAAACAAAAACCAACGGUUCACCUGUCAGAUUCAGCAAAGCCGUUCCAAACAGUGGACGUCCAAUUCUAUAGAAAACCUUUUUGGUGACCCUUCAGUGGAACUUUCAGCUGUUUCCAACACUGAUAACUCUGGAUCAAUUACACAAAAACUUAUUUGUUCUGGAACUGGAUUCAACCCACAAAUUAAGUGGCUCCAUAAAUCUGUGCCAAAUGCUCUUACAGAAGUGAUGAUGCAAGGAGAUGGACGUGUGAAAGUAUCCAGUGAGAUAUUGGUUCAACAACAGGAGUGGAAUAUUGAUUGUGUAUGUGAGGUCAGUGAUCAGGAUAAUCCCAAACAUGUCCAGAAGAGCACCAGAGUUUGUGCAGCUCAUUCAACUGUCAAGCCACUGAUACGUCUGGAGAAACCUGGUCUCAUGUCAGUAUUGACAGAUUCAGAAGUAACAGCUUCCUGUGUUGUUGAAACUGUGCACAAUACCAAAGUGUCAUGGUUUGUAGAUGGAAAGGAAAAAACAGACAGAGUCACCUUGAAGACACUGGACGGGAGAACUGUUAGCAACCUGACUAUCUCGACAAACGAUUGGAAAAACUGGCAGACAAUAAAAUGCACCGCUGCACAUCUAUGUUUUGGCACAGUAGAGAAGACAAUUAAUAUUCUAGAACCUGUGCAGAAAACUCCUACAGUGGUGAUCAGGAGGAAUCUGGCAGACAUACUGAAGGGAGACAGUGCAGUACUGGAGUGUGCUGCAAGAGAUCUGCCCUCUGGUGAGCUCUCGGUCAUCUUACAGGCCAAUGGAAUAAGGGUCUUUGAACCUCAGUAUGUGGAUCUGCCCAAAGGAGUGGACACUCUGACUGCACGCUUCACUGUUUCCACAACACAGAGAAACAAAAACCAACAGUUCACCUGUCAGAUUCAGCAAAGCCGUUCCAAACAGUGGACGUCCAAUUCUAUAGAAAACCUUUUUGGUGACCCUUCAGUGGAACUUUCAGCUGUUUCCAACACUGAUAACUCUGGAUCAAUUACACAAAAACUUAUUUGUUCUGGAACUGGAUUCAACCCACAAAUUAAGUGGCUCCAUAAAUCUGUGCCAAAUGCUCUUACAGAAGUGAUGAUGCAAGGAGAUGGACGUGUGAAAGUAUCCAGUGAGAUAUUGGUUCAACAACAGGAGUGGAAUAUUGAUUGUGUAUGUGAGGUCAGUGAUCAGGAUAAUCCCAAACAUGUCCAGAAGAGCACCAGAGUUUGUGCAGCUCAUUCAACUGUCAAGCCACUGAUACGUCUGGAGAAACCUGGUCUCAUGUCAGUAUUGACAGAUUCAGAAGUAACAGCUUCCUGUGUUGUUGAAACUGUGCUCAAUAGCAGAGUGUCGUGGUUUGUAGAUGGAAGGGAAAAAACGAACAGAGUCACCUUGAAGACACUAGACGGGAGAACUGUUAGCAACCUGACUAUCUCUACAGACGAAUGGAAAAACUGGCAGACAAUAAAAUGCACAGCUAAACAUCCAUGUUUUGACACAGUAGAGAAGACAAUUAAUAUUCUAGAACCUGUGCAGAAAACUCCUACAGUGGUGAUCAGGAGGAAUCUGGCAGACAUACUGAAGGGAGACAGUGCAGUACUGGAGUGUGCUGCAAGAGAUCUGCCCUCUGGUGAGCUCUUGGUCAUCUUACAGGCCAAUGGAAGAAGGGUCCUUGAACCUCAGUAUGUGGAUCUGCCCAAAGGAGUGGACACUCUGACUGCACGCUUCACUGUUUCCACAACACAGAGAAACAAAAACCAACGGUUCACCUGUCAGAUUCAGCAAAGCCGUUCCAAACAGUGGACGUCCAAUUCUAUAGAAAACCUUUUUGGUGACCCUUCAGUGGAACUUUUAGUUAUUUCCAGUGUGGAUAAAUCUGCAUCAGCGACACAAAAACUUCUUUGCGCUGCAACUGGACUUAACCCAAAGAUAAAGUGGCUCCCUGAAUCUGUAGUAAAUGCUCUCAAUGGUCUCAGUAAAGUAACAGUGGAUUCAGAUGGACGUGUGAAAGUGUCCAGUGAGAUUUCAGUUUCACAGCAACAGUGGAAUAAUAGAGUUACAUUUACCUGCCGAGUCAGUGAUCAGGAUACUCUGAAACCAGUUGAGAAGAGCACCAGUAUUUGUGCAGUGACUCCAGAUUUUGCUCAGAAGGCACAGGUUUAUCUGUUGGCUCCCUCCAUCAGUGACAUGAGAGCAAAUCAUGUCUCUGUCACCUGUCUGCUAUUGGGCCACAGGCUCAAUGACUUCUCGAUUGUUUGGAAAAUAGGAAAGAACAACACCUCUCAGGGUGUGACCACACAACCUCUCAGAGUCCACAGCAAUGGAACAGAGAGUGUCCGAAGUGUUCUAAAGGUUCCAGCUGCAAAGUGGAAUGCAUACAAAACUGUUUCCUGUGAAGUGACACACCUCUGCUCCACCACAAAAAUGGAGCACACCAUCUCUAAAACCAGAGACCGCAAAAGUCCCACCGUCCGAAUUCUCAGUCCUAGCGAUGACGAUCUGUCAGGAGUUCGCAACACAAAUCUUCUCUGCUUGGUCGACGGCUUCCGCCCUGCUGAUAUCUCUGUGCACUGGGAGCUGAAUGGCAGACAGCUGGAUGCAUCCAAGUUCAUCAACAGUCCAGUCGGCAAUGCCUCUGCGUUGGGUGAUUAUUCCAUGCACAGCGUACUGAUAUUACCAGCAUCAAAAAGAGAGAACAGCACUUUUUCCUGUGUGGUCAGCCACGAGUCAUCUGAAAAGCCAAUCAGGAACUCGAUUAACAACGUAUACGCCUCUGUGACUGAAAAUGCUCCCUCUGUGGAGCUGCUGCAGGGUCAAAAUAAACUGGUGUGUCUGGUGUACGGUUAUAGCCCUUCAGCUAUUAACAUCACCUGGCUCCUAAAUAGUGUGAGUGUACAGCAUGACAACAGCACCAAGAGCUCUGCCAAAAGGCCUGAUGGGAAAUUCAGCAUUAAAAGCCAUCUGAAGGUCCAGGCCUCUGAAUGGGCACCUGGUGACACUUACACUUGCCAAGUCAAGCACAUCACUGGCAUCGUUACUCGCGACAUCUCCAAAAAAGAAUUUACUGAAGAGACGAUAUACUUUGAUGAGAACACGUCUGAAACUAGCACACUGGAUCAGGCUGAGGAAACCUGGAACAUGGCCUGUGCCUUCAUCAUACUCUUCGUCAUCUCUCUCCUCUAUGGAUGUUCAGUGACUCUGGUCAAAGUGAAGAUUGCUUGAUCAGCUGUUUAGGGCACCGUUUAGAGUUUAGAUGAAGACUUAUGUAAUGCUUUAUGGCUGUAUUUUUUUUAAACAAAAUUUUUUUAUUAUUAUUUUUUAAGUUGAUAAAAGCAAGUGAAUAAAAAGAGGAGUAAAAAAUAACUUGUUACUUGAUUAUUUUCUUACAGCUGUUUUUCUUUUUUAGUCUUAUUCAAAUCAAUGAUAUAUAUUCAAAACUAUUCAUUAAUUUUAAUUACAUUUGUAUUAUCAAUGUUUUUUUUUAAUCUAUUGUUAACAGCAAUGCCAGUAUACUUCUUAUUAUUAAUUAUUCACUAUUUCACCAGAUGAUGGAAACAUCUCAAGUUUUCUAAUCAAAAUGUAAUAUAUGAAUGAAUAAAAUAAAAUUAAUAUACACAUUCAUAUACAA